CGUCGGGGAUCAUAGUGCAAGUGGAUAUUGAUUUUUGGACGUUGCGGUUAGGCGAACCCUUUAGGACGCAUUUAGGAUGUGAUGAACGGUUCUGUGUUUUGUGGCAAACAUUAGAUUUGAACCAUUGUAGUGACAAUCAUCUGUUGGAUGCAUUUUUAGCAAUACCUAUAUGUUGGAACGAUAUGUAAGAUGAGUGUGAAGCACCUGUUUCCGCGAUGUCUGUUGGUGAUGAUCGUGUUUCUACAAUUAGUGAUAAGUCAACCAGUCAUCAGUGCCAAAGGAGACAAGGUAGUUGUAGUGAUGCCCAAAGGACCGAGGACACUGCAGAUGCUGGGAUCCAUUAGUCCCCAGCUGUUGCAUACAAUCAGUGAUGUGCUCAAACCUGUACCGUCAAAUGUGAUUCAGAUUCCGGUUCCGUACUACCCGGAUGCGGUAAAUACGUCCAAAGGCUCAAGGUAUGGGGCAUCGAAAGCACUUCAUAGCGCCUAUUUCAAGAAUCCGUUCAGUUUUGAUUUGAGAAACACGCAACCUGGACCAUACGACACUCCAUUCACUCCUGUGUUAAAACCUAGUCCGAUCUUCCCGAUACGUAUAGAAAAUCCACCAGAACUGAAAUUCACCCCGAUUAAUCUGCUUCCCCUAGAACCGCCAUCUUUCGAUACCAUUCGAAAUUACGUGCAAAAACUUAAAGCCAAGCAAAAGGCUUUCUUCGACACCGAAGGAUAUGAAUUCGGUUUCUCCGUUGUACCUCCUCCAGUGAAGCAAUAUGACUACCCGAAGAAAAAGAAGAAUAAGCACAAAUACCCCAAAACAAGUUACAAUUAUCUUUUCACGUCGCAUCCAAACGAGCUGACUCAUAUCGGUGAAGCGAAUCUGACCCCGGUGGAGGAAAACGUGUACUACACCGAACCGUAUGCUGGCCAAAACCACUAUUCCAACAAUGCCGAUGGAUAUGAAUACGUCAUCCCGCCGGAUGAUGACUUCCGUCAGGAAAUUGAGCUGGGUGGAAUCAUCAAUCCAGAGGAGGCACACUUUGUACAAAAAGGUGAAGAUUUGGUGUUGAAAACGAAACAUCCCCACGCAGCCGUUGUGACACCGGAAGAGUUGGAGUAUUUCACUUACCACACACUGAAGGAACAUGGGUUCUCUUCGAAGCAAUGGCAAAACAACGAAAUCGGAAAUGGCGAAUCGAGCUCAUUGCAUCAUCGCGAUAAACGAUACAAAACCGAUCGGAUGGGCAGAGCCAGUGGUAAUUUGGAUGUGGACGCUGACUUUUACGAUUCUGAAGAGACGAAAAAGAUUGUAGGUGAUGACGAUUUCUACGACGUGGAGGAGGUGAAAACGCAUCAGCAUUUCGAACCAAAAAAGAUGUACUCCCAAGUUCGUCAUCAAACGGUGACAAAAAAGGAAAACAAACAACCAGAAGAUAUGCCGCGGAUCAGGGAAAAGGUAACGAUUUCCAAAACUAAUAUUGUUUACUCCGAGAAGGGUCAGCAAAGUAAUAAAUUUGAUCACAGAGAAGAGAACUCUUCUGGCCAAUUCCAGUUCAAAGCAAAACCGGCACGAAAGCAUCGAAGCAAACGAGACGUUUCGAAUGAACCGGCGUCAGCGGAAGAUGAUGAAACAUAUGCAUCCGGUGAACAGUUACAUCAUGAGUCGUUCGAAGAGCUCAAUAGCCAGGAGAACGAAUUAGAUUAUGAGCUGGAACCGGAAUCGGAACUGGACGCGACGACUAAUCAGAGUGACUCAGAAACCAUUUUGCUUCCCUAUGCGCAGGCAUUGGUCUUUCAAAACGAAACAGAUAUGAUUCUGUUACCGCUACCGGAGGCACUGGUUGAUCCACGGGAGUUGCACGGGCAAGAUCUCCUCAAUUUCCUAGAUGAAGCGAUUAGGAACUCGACAAAGUAUCUACCAAAGGAAAAGAAAAAGAAACGCAUCAAGAUAAGUCCGGAUAUCAAAAAACUGCACGGAGAAGAGUUGAUACAAUACUUGGAUGAAGCGAUCAAAGUCUCAAAUCAGUAUUUAAUAGCGGAUCCAAUUGUCACAAAGUCUGGCGAUGCGAUCAAACUGGUAAACCCUCCGCAGUUGGGGAAUUCAACUAGAGCGACAAAUGAACAGCGGAUAGAUCACGAGAUUGAAUUCGAACCGGACGCUCUUAGCGCAGAGGAGAUCCAAGGAGCUGUUCCGCAAUACAACAGAAAUCAUCGGCUUCCCGAUGAUGAACCGCAAAAGUACGAGGCGGUGAAAUUUGUGAGACCACUUGGAACGCUGUUGAAACUCCAGCAGGAAGCGCAGUCAAAUGACGAUGAAAUAAAAUUUGAGUUACAGAACCCGAGUGAAUUGCACGUUGAGAAUGGCGAACAGGACAUUCCAGAAGAGUUCGAAGAUCGGAACUACAGUGCUCCAUAUUUGGAUCGGGCUUUCCACUAUGUGGACGUAGAUACAGCAUUGAAGUUUGCGGAUAAUGUAUCAGACCAGGUAUCCGAUUAUCUAACUACCAGGGAGUUUAAUCAUCAAAACGAGGACUCGAAUCGUAAGGCAGAUCAAGAACCACUGCUAGUCAGUGAGACUGGAUUCGUCCCUGUUAGAAGCACCCAUGCAGUUGAAUCCAACUCAAAAUAUGUGUCAUCCAAGCAACCAGAAUUCGUGGGAGUUCCAGUGGAUGCGUACAAAAACUCACAACAAAAGCAGUCCAACCCUGCCGUGGUUGUGUACAAUGAUGUCAUCAGACAUAUCAAGAAUCAUUUGUCUACUAAUGACAAGUCUAAGUCAAAAGAUCGACACAUGUUGAUGAUCGCCGUUCCACGAAGUUUGCGUGGAAACUAUAGUCAGCAGUCUCAGCGAAGGUUAGAUAACGACUAUGAGGAAUUUCCGAAAACCACUUUGAUUUCUCUUCCGAUUUUUGACAUUACCAAGUUCUACCCAUCCGCCAGUUUCGGGGGAUACCAAAACGAUGACGAUCAAUACCAUCAAGAAAUAAGUCCACCCAAAUGGAUGAAACAAGUGGAAAAGGAGGCAGAACGAGCUGUCGAACAACCAUCGGAAACCGUAAAAGAUCCAAUUUCGAAAAAUAUCGUCUCUAGGGAAUACGAACGGGAUGAUAUUUCCGACGCUUUUGGUGAUGUUCACUACAAGAAACCCCACGGGAACCAGAUUAUUCCCAUUAAGCCGUACGCGGUGAAGGAAAAACUUCGCGAUCAUCCGCAGCCAACAUUCAAGAAACCGGGCCCCCCGUACGUUGCAUUACCGAUUCCUCCGAUCAGUGCCAAAACGAAGACAGCGUCUCUGAAUACGGUGGUGCCGAAAAAACGAACGGCGAGCCAUCCGCCCCGGCCCCGGCACCGGCCAUUGAAGCGGAAAAGACCUUCCCAUUCCCGCCCUAAAAGCAUAAAACGACUACCGGUAGUGAGGAAAAAAGUACGCAUCAUCAAACACUACUGAUGAUGGCGAUGAGCCGUCAACGCACCGACUAGAGUUUUCCUGUGAACAAGACAUCCAGAAAGGCCGGGUUAAGAUCCUGUACUUGAGUGAAGCUUUUUUCCCGAAGCCAUCAGUAUUUCGUGAGUUACCAGACUUUUGUCGGCUUCAAUGAUGGCCAACGGGGGUUUACCCGCAAGCAGAUGGCACCCCUACUCGAACUCAACGAAACUCUUAACCGCAUUACCCACUGUGCAGGAAAACAAAACACCCCUGAUGUUAGGGAACAACAAAACAACUUAGGUAGAGAGAGAUGUAAGCUAUAUUAUUUAUUUUUCCCAAAAGACUUCAGUCAAUUACAAAACAAGUAGCAAAAACUAAGGAAGAAUCAGUGAAAGAAAACCUCUCAACGCGUUGGCGCGCCACCGAGUUUCAUUCAUUCAACGAUGGACGAUUUAUCUGUAAAUAUAAAUCAUCAUUAGGUAUCGUUUCGUUCCGUGGUUUCACGGGUGAACGCGAGCCAUAGAGAAGAGGCGCGAAACAAGCGUGACAACAAGGUAGUUUUGGUUUGCAUCCAUUAUCUGAUACGUACCUACAAAACAUGAAACGUUUGAACAGCUGGGAGGUAUAGAGAAGGCGCGAACAGGUAAUGCGGUAACAUAAAACAUUGUCGUUAAAUUGCCUAGGUAUUGCGCAAGUGCGAUUUUGUGGUAUUUUCUGUGACGAUAUGCGAUAUUGUGCAACGUUUUCGGUGGAAGUUGCAUGCGAAAUAGCCCAAUUGCUGUUCAUUGGUUAAUAAUUUCCGUUCGACCAUGUCGAUUUUGCAAUUCUUUAGAUACCACCAGAGUCCAUCUAUCGAACAAAGUCCAACACAUUGUACUUUCCGCUACA